GAAAGAAGAGAUGUCAUGUCCUCAACAAUGAGAAUAGAGGUGAUACUAUGCAGGUCACACAGCUGCUGGAGAAGAUAGAAAACAUGGUAGCAAUGAAUAAGAGCUCUCUCUUUAAAAUGAGUGAAAAUCUUUUACAAAACCUAGAGGAGCAGGCGAAGACGGAGAAAAUCAGAGCAGAGAAGAGGAUGAUGAAGGUGAAGAAACAAAGACAAGACCUCAGGGCAUCACUGGAUCAAAUACAUCAGUCAUCUCUGAGGAUAGAUCUUCUGGGAUUUAAGCGUGCUGGCAAGUCUUCAACAGGGAACACCAUCCUGGGUGAAGAUGUGUUUGAGUUGUGCUCUACAACAAAGUGUGAGAAUAGAGUGGGGGAGGUGGCAGGGAGGCAGGUCACUGUGGUUGACACCCCAAGCUGUUUGUGGAAAGCUGGCAUGACUAACACUCCUGAAUUCUUCAAACAGGAAACUGUGCUGAGUGUGUCCUUGUGUGAUCCUGGGCCCCAUGCUCUCUUACUGCUCAUACGUAUUGAUGUCUGUUUCAAUAGUCAAUACAGACAAGAAGUGCAGCAAUAUUUGGCACUUUUCAGUGGGGAUAUCUGGAGUCACACCAUGGUGCUGUUCACCUGUGGAGACUGGCUUGGAGACACAACCAUUGAGCAGCACAUUGAGAGUGAAGAACACCUCAGAUAUCUGGUAGAGAAAUGUGGGAACAGAUAUCAUGUUCUCAACAAUAAGAAUAGGGCAGGUGAUCAGGUCACAGAGCUGCUGGAGAAGAUAGAAGAGAUGGUAGCAGGAAACAAAAACUGUCACUUUGAGAUGGACAGAAAGAGACUGGAGGAAGUGAAGGAGAGGAGGAGGAAUGAAGAACAGAGAGCAACAGAGAGACUGAUGAAGGUGGAGAAGCAAAGACUCCACCUCCAGUCACUGAAGCAUGAGUUGUAUUAUAUUUUCUCAGGGAAUUCAUGCCCACGGUCAAGGUUUAGAGUUGUGCUGCUGGGAUACAAAGGAUCUGGGAAGAGUUCAUCAGGAAACACCAUCUUGGGCAGAGAGGAGUUUGACCUGAAGAGAAGAACAGCUCAGUGUGUGAAGAGACAAGGAGAAGUAGCAGGCAGACAGGUCACUGUAGUCAAGGCUCCAGGAUGGUGGAAUGAUGUCAGCCUCAAAGACACUCCUGAGCUCACUAAACAGGAGAUUGUGCUCAGUGUGUCUCUGUGUCCUCCAGGUCCACACAUUCUCUUACUGAAUGUAAGAAUAGAUUAUGCUUUCACAGUGGACCUGAAACGAAACAUUCAACAACAUAUGGAGUAUCUCAGUGAGAGAGUCUGGAGUCACACCAUGGUGCUGUUCACCUGUGGGGAGUGGCUGGGAGACACAACCAUUGAGCAGCACAUUGAGAGUGAAGAGGCCCUGCAGUCUCUAGUAGAGAAAUGUGGGAACAGAUAUUAUGUCCUCAACAAUGAGUACAGAGAUAACAAGCAGGUCACACAGCUGCUGGAGAAGAUUGAGGAGAUGGUAGCAGGAAAUGGUGGA